UUUAGCGCGUUGAACGGGAUUAGCGGGGUUAAUUCCGCGGGAUUCCGUCUCGUAAAAAUUUUGAAAAAAAAAUUUCGGUACGGGAUCCCGGGAAUGCGAUUUUUCCGCAUUCUUGUAUUUAUUACUGGAGAUCUCGUGGAAAAACCGUAGGAAAUCCCCUGCUUAUCCCUAGAACAUUUCUAAUCAUUUUUCCCUUUAAUUUUAAGGAAAUCUUAUGGAAAUCAUGUCUACAGAAAAAAAUUUUCCCGUCCAAUCAAGAGCUGAAAUUGACAUAAUUGGCGACAAUACAAACAAAGCAAUUCAAAGAACCCAAAGUUUCACUUCAAAAUUUAUUCCUCUAUUAACAAAAAAUUCAACAAAAUUGGACGCAAUGUGUACUGAAUUAAUUAUUGAACCAGAGCAAAUAAAUAAAUCUUUGGAUUCUGCAGAUAUUGUUGAAUUGAGUGAGAGCAAAUCUAAUGAGUCUGGCAAAUCUAACGAGUCUGGGGAACAACAAGAAGAAAAUUGUGGAGAACCCGAGCUUUCUGUGCAUGCCCAAUACAUACUUUUAGAGGCGUUGAAUAAUUUAAAAAAGAUUUUGGGGGAAAUGGCUCAAGAACAUAAACAUCCUAUUCAUCAUUUAAUUUCUCGUUGUGGGAAAUCAAUUGACAAUAAAUUUUAUUCUGACCUCAGUAAAUUACUCAAAAGCGAAAAAGAAAUUGAGACAGAUCCAGAAAACUUGGCACAUGCAAAUCGUCUGAUAUUAGAACAUUUAAUAGGGUUGGGGCGGACAGAUGUGGCGGAGACGUUUAUAAAGGAGUCGGAUUCGUCACUUUCAAUGCCAGAUAUUUCAAAUUCCGAAACUUUAAGGGAGAUUAUGUCAGCCUUCAAGCAAUUUAACUAUCUUCCAGCUAUAGAAUGGCUCAAAGAUUGUGCUCCAGAGAAGAAAGAUUUACUUUUUCGUUUACAAUGUCAACAUAUUAUUCGGCUACUUGAAACAAGUAUAUAUAAUUUUUGGUUGUUAAAGAACCUAAGGUCUAGGGCAAUAAUUUUCGAAAUCCCUAAAGUUUAUCAAAGAGAGUUUUUAGUUGAAGUUUACUCCACAUAA